AUAAUUGUGAUGAUGCAUUGGUAUCUCCCUUACCUUCAACAGCCCUUACCAGUUCCUCUGAGCUCUUCAGUACUCACAGUCCCAGCUUUGCAAAGCUCAACAGGCGAGAUGGAGCUGGUGGCUGGUCCCCGCUGGACUCAAACGAGCAGCAGUGGCUCCAGGUUGAUCUGGGAGACAGAGUGGAGAUUGUCGCGGUCGCUACCCAGGGCAGGUACGGGAGCUCAGACUGGGUAACCAGCUAUACACUGAUGUUCAGCGACACCGGCCGCAACUGGAAACAGUACAGACAAGACGACACCAUCUGGGUUUUCACAGGGAACAGCAAUGCCGACAGUGUGGUUCACCACAAACUUCUGCACUCCAUGAAAGCCCGCUUCUUGCGCUUCGUCCCUCUGAAGUGGAAUGUCGGUGGGCGGAUAGGACUGAGAGUUGAGGUCUUCGGCUGCUCCUAUAAGUCAGAUAUUGCAGACUUCGAUGGCAGAAGUUCACUCCUCUACAGGUUCAAUCAGAAGCUUAUGAGCACAUUCAAAGAUGUGGUUUCCUUGAAGUUCAAGAGCAUGCAGGGGGAUGGAGUCUUAUUCCAUGGAGAAGGACAGCGUGGAGACUACAUUACUUUGGAACUGCAGAAAGGGAAGCUCUCCUUGCGCAUCAACCUGGGGGACUCCAACCUGCACUUCAGUAACAGCCACAUGUCCGUCACCCUGGGCAGCCUCCUGGAUGACCAGCACUGGCACUCGGUUCUCAUAGAGCGCUUCAACAAGCAAGUGAACUUCACGGUGGACAAGCACACCCAGCAUUUCCGAACGAAGGGGGAUUCAGAUCACUUGGAUAUUGAUUAUGAGCUCAGUUUCGGAGGGAUUCCUGUCCCGGGGAAACCAGGAACCUUUCAGAGGAAAAAUUUCCAUGGGUGCAUUGAGAACCUUUACUACAACGGAGUCAAUAUAAUUGACCUGGCAAAAAGGCGCAAACCUCAGAUCUAUACUGUGGGGAAUGUAACCUUUUCCUGCUCAGAACCACAGAUUGUUCCUAUCACCUUUGUCAGCGCCAGUCGAAGCUACUUGCUACUACCCGGCACUCCUCAAAUUGAUGGCUUGUCAGUCAGCUUCCAGUUUCGAACAUGGAAUAAAGAUGGCUUACUUCUGUUCACCGAAUUGUCUGAAAAUUCAGGACCUCUCUUGGUUUACCUUCAUAGUGGGAGAUUGACACUGCUUAUUCAGAAAGAGACAGAGAACCCAGUGGAAAUCAGUGAAGGCACAAAUCUCCAUGAUGGGCUUUGGCAUUCUGUUAACAUCAAUGCCAGAAGACAUCGUAUUACCCUGACGCUGGAUAACAACGCUGCCACUGCUAGCCAUGCAACCACUGUCUCAAGGAUCUACUCUGGAAACAGCUACUAUUUUGGAGGGUGCCCUGACAAUUUCACCGAUUCCCAAUGUUUAAAUCCCAUUACUGCUUUUCAAGGCUGUAUGAGGCUCAUCUUCAUUGAUAACCAGCCCAAGGACCUCAUUUUAGUUCAGCAAGGCUCCCUGGGGAAUUUUAGUGAUUUACACAUUGAUUUGUGUGGCAUCAAAGACAGAUGUUUACCCAACUACUGUGAACAUGGAGGAAAAUGCUCUCAGUCCUGGACCACCUUUUACUGUGAUUGUAAUGAUACAGGCUACAUGGGAGCUACCUGUCAUAACU